AUGGUAAUCCCACCUAAGCUUGCAUUUUUCCUCCCUUUUGCAGUUCUCCCCGUGGCGCUUUGGAUAGCAGCUCGAGACCAGAACCCCCUUCCUCCCUCCUGCCGCUGCUUCCCUGAUGACCCCUGCUGGCCCACCCAGGAUGAGUGGCAGACUUUCAAUCAAUCUAUCGCCGGCAAUCUGAUUGCUGUAGAUCCGAUCGGUGAUGUUUGUCACAUAAAUGGCCCGUUUGGCUCCUACGACAGCCAAGCAUGCGCCGAUCUGCUCGCCCGCUGGUCUAUUCCGGCCACGCACUCCGAGACCGCGUUCUCUCUGAUGGCUGCAUGGUGGGCCAACGACUCCUGUUCCCCAUUUACCUCAAAGGACAGUCCCUGCACCGUGGGGCCGCUGGCUCGCUACGCAGCGAAUGUUACCUCGGCUGACGAGGUCCGUAAAGUCCUCGACUUCACACAGCGACGCAAUAUCCGCCUAGUCAUCCGCAACACCGGCCAUGACUAUAUCGGUAAAUCGACCGGCCCAGGUGCCGUGGCCUUGUGGACGCACCAUCUCAAGUCCAUUGACUACGUGUCUGAGUAUGUCUCGGCGGCAUAUACCGGCCCCGCCAUGCGCAUUGGAGCCGGCGUCCAGGGCUUCGAGGCGCAGAAUGCGGCUCAUCAGCACGGAUUCACGAUCGUGACAGGCCACUGCCCGGACAUCGGCAUCGCGGGUGGCUAUACACAGGGCGGAGGGCAUGGGCCAUUAGCAUCGCGGUACGGGCUGGCUGCAGACCAAGUCCUGGAGUGGGAGGUGGUGACCGCCACCGGAGACAUCCUGACGGCAUCACCCGUGCAGCAUGCCGAUCUAUAUUGGGCGCUGAGUGGGGGUGGCGGAGGCACCUACGCCGUCGUUCUGGCCAUGACCGUCCGAGUCUAUCCCGAGGAACCAACGGCCGUCGCGACACUAUCGUUCACCUCCGCCUCAACUGCGGACGAACGCUUCUGGGCCGUGAUCCGCAUGUACCUUCUGGAUAUUUUGUCCCUGUUGGAUACUGGCGGCACGGCCCUUUGGCUGGUCUUCCCGCCAUCUCUUACGGGGGGUUCGGUUAUGUUCAAUGCUGGGCCGAUGACUCUCCCAGGGGCCGGGAAACAAGAGCUUCACGCCCACUUGGCCUCGACCUUAAGGAUCCUGGAGAAGCACGACAUCGCAUACGGUAAGCUAGCUCACCCUUCCUUGUACUACUCGAUCAACGCCUUCCCAACAUACCAUGCUGCGGUGGCUGAAACGGCAGUCAACAUAACCGAGAUGAGCGUCGGCGGCCGUCUGAUCCCCCGGUCGACCGUCGAGUCCAAUCCCGAUGGCCUCAUUUCGGCUAUUCAGCGCAUCAUUGGCUACGAGGCUGCUUUCUCCGGCUUCUCCAUGAACGUCCAUCAUGCCCACGACCGGCUUGCCGCCAAUAAUGCCGCCAAUCCCGCCUGGCAGAAGACUGCGAUGUCUGCAGUAUUCGGACUCCCAUUCAAUUACACGAACCGUCAAGCCAACCUAAAUGACCAUAAGCUCAUUACCAACACGCUUAUCCCCCUUCUCGAGGCGCUGACUCCUCCCGGCGAGAUCAGCGGCGUGUACCUCAACGAAGCGGACUUUAACCAGCCGGACUGGCAAUCGGCCUUCUACGGUGCCAACUACGACUGCCUGCAGAGGAUCAAGGAUAAAUAUGACCCGGAUCAGGCAUUCUAUGCGCGUACUGCUGUAGGCAGUCAGCGAUGGGUGGAGCAUGAGGAUGGUCGCUUGUGUCGGGCUGUUUGAGAGAAGAAAGCAAAAGUUGUGUCUUCAUUAUCAUUUCGGGCGGUGUGCUGGGAGUUUGUGAUAGACUACACAAUACUGCGUACGUGCUAAUAUAUAAAU